AUGGACACUUUGCUUAUUCCCCCACCCCUUCACUGCUAUUCAGUAGCAAUUCCUCCCCCACCAUGGUCAGAAAAUUGUUUAAAUUUCCAAUCCGAAGAACCAUCCGAUGCCAAAUGGACUGACGAGCUGAGACUAAUUCAAGUGGCGGAAAACAAGCCACCAACGUGGUUAACCGAGGAUGAGAUUUUAAUUUUGAUUAGGGCGGGAGUGAAGUUUAUGGACGUCACCGAGGAUCAAAAAGGUGUGACGACUGUCGCAAAAAAGACCAGAGUCUACCCGGAUGUGCCCAACUACGUUUCCGAAGUAUCUGAAUUCAUUCCGCUUUUAGAAGCUGCAAGAUUAAAAAAAAAUCUCAAGUCAUUUACCAGUUUCCACACGCGAUACUAUCGUUCAUCUUCAGGAGCAGAUUCAUCAAAAUGGUUGUUCAAACAGAUCCUCGCAAUCAUCAAUGCUGCGAGUGACGAUAUUGAUGUGUCGGUGAGGAAAUUCAAACAUUCAUGGGUACAGAAAAGUAUCAUAGCACGAUUCGAGGGCAGUGAUCCGGAUAAACAUAACGAGGUUGUUAUUGUCGGAGCACAUCAAGACAGCAUAAAUAUGUGGUUUCCCAUGAUCGGGAGGUCUCCAGGAGGUAAAGAAGAAAAAAAGAGGAGCGAACCCGAGAUUGAUCUAGCGGAUGAUGAUGGAAGUGGUACAGUUACAAUACUCGAAGCUUUCCGCGUCCUGGUCGAAGGUGGCUUCAAACCUACACGCCCGGUCGAGUUCCAUUGGUAUUCCGCUGAAGAAGUUGGUCUAUUGGGAUCGCAAGAUGUGGCAAAAUUUUACGCGCGCCAAGGAAGAGAUGUCAUUGGAAUGCUUCAGAAUGACAUGACCGGAUACGUCGGAAACAAAAAAGCUUCAUUUGGAAUCAUCGUCGAUUACGUGGAUGACGGGUUGACGCAGUUCUUAAAGAAGCUUGCAAAGCAGUAUGCGGCCAUGCCUAUUGUAGAUACCAAGUGCGGGUAUGCUUGUUCUGACCAUGCGUCUUGGAGAAAGGCCGGCUACCCAUCUGCCUUUGCAUUUGAAGGAAAGUUUGAAAACGCUAAUCCAUAUAUUCAUACAACGAAUGACGUUUUAGAGAAUCUUGACUUUGACCACAUGCUUGAAUUCUCAAAGUUGGCUGUCAGCUUUGCCGUGGAAUUGAGCCAUACAGACUAA